GUGGAAUGCCCAGAGCGUGGCAGGAAGCGGAAAUGCUUGCGAUUUCUGUCUUCCGGUUACUGACGUGUGUGUGCGGCGCCUAGGAGGGGUGACGUGUCUCGGGAGGUUCUUCCUAUACAGACGGCGGCGGCUGCGUGUCAGUCUAAGGAGAGACCGCGGAUUAACAGGACCGGUCCCCCAGCCCGUCACACCCCUAGAGGCCGCUGAGCCCACCACAACACCUUCACGAUGGGCAUCAAAUUUCUUGAAGUCAUCAAGCCAUUCUGUGCAGUACUACCAGAAAUCCAAAAGCCAGAAAGAAAGAUCCAAUUUAAGGAAAAGGUACUAUGGACUGCCAUCACUUUGUUCAUCUUCUUAGUAUGUUGCCAGAUCCCACUCUUCGGUAUUAUGUCCUCGGAUUCCGCUGAUCCUUUCUACUGGAUGAGAGUCAUUUUGGCUUCUAACAGAGGUACCCUGAUGGAGCUCGGUAUCUCUCCCAUUGUCACCUCUGGUCUAAUCAUGCAACUUCUGGCUGGUGCCAAGAUUAUUGAGGUUGGAGAUACUCCUAAGGACCGGGCUCUCUUCAAUGGUGCUCAGAAAUUAUUUGGAAUGAUAAUCACCAUCGGUCAAGCCAUUGUGUACGUCAUGACUGGAAUGUACGGGGAUCCCUCAGAGAUGGGAGCUGGCAUCUGUCUUCUUAUCACCAUCCAGCUCUUUGUUGCUGGCCUGAUUGUCUUGCUCCUGGAUGAAUUAUUACAGAAGGGAUAUGGUCUGGGCUCUGGUAUCUCCCUCUUUAUUGCUACCAACAUCUGUGAGACCAUUGUAUGGAAGGCAUUCAGUCCGACUACUGUGAACACAGGCAGAGGCACUGAGUUUGAGGGAGCAAUCAUUGCUCUUUUUCACUUGCUUGCCACACGUAGUGACAAAGUCCGUGCUCUGAGGGAGGCCUUCUACCGCCAGAACCUGCCUAAUCUCAUGAACCUCAUUGCUACCAUUUUUGUUUUCGGGGUCGUCAUAUACUUCCAGGGCUUUAGAGUGGAUCUUCCAAUCAAGUCAGCCCGGUACCGUGGCCAGUACAACACUUACCCAAUCAAGCUCUUCUAUACUUCUAACAUCCCCAUCAUCCUCCAGUCUGCCCUGGUCUCAAAUCUGUACGUCAUCUCCCAGAUGCUGUCUGCCCGUUUCAGUGGCAACCUCCUUGUCAACUUAUUGGGCACAUGGUCUGAUACAUCCUCUGGAGGUCCUGCUCGGGCCUACCCUGUAGCCGGAUUAUGUUAUUAUCUCUCGCCUCCGGAAUCAUUUGGUUCGGUGCUGGACGAUCCGGUUCAUGCCGUUAUUUACAUAGUCUUCAUGUUGGGAUCCUGCGCUUUCUUCUCCAAGACCUGGAUAGAAGUAUCUGGCUCUUCAGCAAAGGACGUUGCAAAACAACUAAAAGAACAGCAGAUGGUAAUGAGAGGCCACCGGGAGACAUCCAUGGUGCAUGAACUCAAUAGAUACAUCCCAACAGCUGCUGCUUUUGGAGGUCUUUGCAUUGGAGCACUCUCUGUCCUGGCAGAUUUCCUGGGAGCCAUUGGUUCUGGAACGGGUAUCCUGUUGGCCGUCACCAUCAUCUAUCAGUAUUUUGAGAUCUUCGUCAAAGAGCAGAGCGAAAUGGGAAGCAUGGGAGCAUUGCUUUUCUAAUUGGCUCACCCCAGUGGGGUCUGAUUCAUCACACAACUUGGAAGGCAAAUGCUGCGCUUGUAUUCCAAGGACUUAACGUGAGGCUGAUGUGCACCAUCAAGUUGGUGUCCUCCAUAAGAUUUCUUUUUCCUUUUACAAGAUCUGGCCAUUUUAUAUGGAAUUUUGGACAAUAGCAAUUUUUUUUUGAGAUUUUUUUUAAUUUCCCAGCUUGAAAGGCAUGCCUUUAGGUUGGGAAUCUUAUUUAAGGUCUCUGCUAGAAGACCACACACCCUGGUUAGUUCACACCACACGAGCAAUGGAGCAAUGGUUUAUUUUUUUUUUAACAUUUUUUUUUUCAAUAAAACUUCUAGAAAACAAGCGCUGUGCCAGUUUUUCCUGCUCAUAAAGACUUUGUGUUUUUGUGAUCAGGACACUUCCUUAUUGUCACUGCUGCUAUUCUGUGGUUACAUCUGCUAGAGGCUUUGUUCAUAUUUGGGCUGUUUGCAAAUUUCCUAGGACUUUGUUAUAUGGUAAACAAGCCAACUAGCUUGCUAGGCCUGACAACUAGCUAGACAAGGCACAAUCCCCAUAAUGUGCCCCUUUAAAUGGGCAUAGUCCUUUGAAUAUGGAGAUAUUUCUUGUGAUUUAUCCUUCCGGUAGCCAUGGCAGCUUCUCGUCUCGUAUACCUCAAACAUGCUAUCUCACAAGUUCAUGUAUAAUCUGGCACAAUGUGUAUUCUUCCGAGAGGCAAAACCAACCUCCAGAUGUUUUACAGCAUGGGUAUAAUGAUUAAUAAAGGCAUUUUUCUCAUGUA